AGGGGGGUGCCGGUGGACGGCGGCCGCCACCAGGCAUGGAGUUCCGGACAGAGCCGUUUGAGGCCUUCUAUGACGUGUUUGAGGACAUUGGCACGGGGCAACACGCGGUGGUGCGCCGCUGCCGCGAGAAGAGCACCGCCGCCGAGUACGCAGCUAAGUUCAUCCGGAAGCGGCGCGUGGCGUCGUCUCGCCGCGGCGUGCCGCUCGCUGACAUCGAGCAAGAGGUGCAGCUGCUGCUGCAGAUGUCACACGACAACGUCAUCAGCGUCCACCAGGUCUUCAACAACGACGUGUUCGUCAUCCUCGUCCUGGAGCUGGUGCGCGGCGGGGAGCUGUUCGAGUUCGUCACGGACAAGGACCACGUCAGCGAGGCAGAGGCCGCCCUGUUCAUCAAGCAGAUCCUUCUGGGACUGGAGCACAUGCACUCCAAAUCGAUCGCACACCUCGACCUGAAGCCGGAGAACGUCAUGCUGCUGAGCAAGAACCGGGCGCAGCUGAAGCUCAUCGACUUCGGUCUCAGCCGGAAAAUCGACCCGAACAAAGAAGAGCGUCAUAUGCUCGGCACGCCUGAGUUCGUGGCGCCGGAGAUCGUGAAUUACGAGCCGCUGGGCCUGGCCUGCGACCUGUGGGCGCUGGGUGUCAUCACGUACAUCCUACUCUCCGGGGCGUCUCCGUUUCUGGGAGACACCCAACAGGAGACGUUCGCCAACAUCGUCGCUUGUGACUACUGCUUCGACGACGAGUACUUCAGCGGCACGUCGGAGUCGGCCAAGGACUUCAUAUCGCGUCUGUUCGUGACAGACCCCAGGCGUCGAGCUACCGUGCGAGAGUGCCUGGACCACCCUUGGAUCCAGCCAGCGAGUGAGGCGGAGCAUACGGAACAGCUGGAGAAGACGGUGAACAUCGACAACCUGAAGACAUACCAGGCGCGCCGCCGCUGGAAGCACUCCAUGCGAGUGGUGACCCUGUGCAACCGUCUGUCGAGGAGCGCCAAACUGCGCAGCCGGAGCCAGAGCCUUGAGCUACUGGACCAGCGGGGGGAGCAGACCCGGGAGUCCGUCAGCGACCUGGCCGUGACCGCGUACCAGGACGAAAACUUCAUUGUGUCUGCUCUGUUCUGCGCUGCCGAGGAGGGUAACAUCGCGGGCAUCAAGCGACUGUUUUCCAUGGCCAAGAUAGACCCGAACCUGGCUAACCGGCAAGGCGAAACAUCAGUUCACGUGGCCGCCGGCCUGGGUCAGCUGGAGGUUCUGCGAGUGCUGCGCACGAAGGGAGCCGACCUAGCCCGAGAGGACGAGCGCGGAGACAGUGCUGCUAUCUGGGCGGCCCGCCACGGCCACCCGGGCGUGUUGGCUUACCUACUUGGAGAGGGCGCCAGCAUCGACAGCAAAAAUAAGGCUGGCGAGACGCCGCUGCUGGUGGCGUGCAAGUACGGCCACUUACCCGCCGUCCGGCUCCUCUGCCAGCACGGGGUCGCCCUGAAUGCCCAGGAUGACCAUGGCGAGACGGCUCUGCACGCGGCCGUGUGGCACGGCUUCCCGGGCAUCGCCUGUCUGCUGAGCCGCGCCGGCGCCAGUCCCAACAUCGCCAACCAGGAGCUGGAGACGCCUCUGCACUGCGCGGCGGCCCGCGGUCAUCUGUCGGUGGUGCGCUGUCUGCUGGACAGUGGCGCCCUCUGCGACACGCCCGACUCUACCGGCGCCACCGCCCUCCACUUGGCGCUCCGGCGGCGCCACCAGCCGCUGGCGCACCUCCUGCUGGAGGCCGGCGCCAGCUGCGACGUCGCCGACCACGUUGGAGAGAGGCCUAUUCACAUCGCGUGCGCCGAGGGUCUGCUGGCGGCGGUGCAGGCGCUCUGCACGUACGGGUGCACGGUGGACGUGGCCAACAAUGAGGGCCUGUAUCCCGUCCACCUGGCGGCCAGAAACGGCCACACCGAGGUGGUGAGGUGAGUCCACGAGUCUGGAAGGUAAUCAGUGUACCCAGAAGGAUGGUGGUGUGAGCUCCUGAUCCUGGACGCUGCUGCGGUAAGGUUCGCACCCAAAA